GAAUCGAUGUCUGACAUCAUUGUGAUAUCGGCUUUCUCACAGCGCGAGUCAAAAAGAAUUGGGACUUAAAAAAAUAUAUAUUAAUUCACAAUGUACUUCAAAAUAGGAAUGUUACUAGCAGCCACGCAGGUGAUUGCAACAGUUGCCUAUCCACCAAGCUGUGCGUGCUACAGAAACCAGCGACCAGUGUGCGGCACUGAUGGGAAAACGUACAACAACGAGUGCCUCCUCGACUGUGCUACCAGAGAUGAUCCCGGUCUAAGGGUCAGAUAUCAAGGACCCUGCUCGGAAGGAAACGUCGGCUUCCCCACGUGCCACUGCGACUACGACCUCAACCAGGUGUGCGGUAGCGACAACCACACGUACGACAACGCUUGCCUGUUGAACUGCGCCGCAGCCACGAACCCGGGCCUUAGCAUUUUGUACUCGGGCCUUUGCGCAGACGAAGUCAAAAUCGUGGACGGCCCCAGCAAAUACCCUUCGUGCACGUGCACGCGCGAGAUGAAGCCGGUCUGCGGCAGUGACGGUAUCACGUACAACAACGACUGCCUCUUAAACUGUGCCACAAUCAAUGACUCCAGACUCGGCAUCGAAUACUACGGGCCUUGCGCUGAUAAGGUUAUAGUCGUCGACCCUGGGACGCAAGGGGACUACCACGGAAUACGACCCCUGUAAUCGAACUGCAUACGCCUCUCGUACAAGUCUUAUAGCGUAGUUUUAGGGCAAUGUUUAGAACGACAGAUGACCGCCUUCAUAGAGA